CUCGGCUUAUACUCGAGUAUAUACGGUAUAUGAGAUACAAUUCUCAUGUAAUCUCUUAUUGGCAGGACCCAUUCUAGAUACUAUACCUUAUCUUUGGGGUUUAGGGUGAAGAACUUAAAGACAGACUGAGAAUGAAGACCUAAAAUGUCUUCUAAAUUAUGAGACAACAUUAUUCUUUGUAAGUUCCUUUUUACUAAAUAUUCUCUCAUCUUUGGGGUUUAGAAUGAAGAACUGAAAGUCAUCAAAGUUGAGUAUAAAGAAGAAGUAGAAGAGACGUUGGUGAGUGGAGAUCAGCAGUCUAUGGAGGAGGGAGGUCCUCUGUAUUCCCGGGAUUCCACCCAGGAACAUCACACCUAUACAGAGAAUGAUCAGGGUGAAGAACUGAAAUACAUCAAAGUUGAGGUUAAAGAGGAAGAAGAAGAGAGGUUGGUGAGUGGAGAUCAGCAGUCUAUGGAGGAGGGGGAGAUGAUUAUGGAAAGUAAACAGGAGGAAUCUUCUCUACAUACGGACACAAAUGGGGGCGGAGCCUGGAAUAUCUCCGAGGGACGUCUUAUUUUAUCUUCAGAUUACGACAUUGACCCGAACCUUCCCGGAGAUAAUGUCCUUCCUCAGACUAUACAGACAUCAAUGGAGUCCUCUGAUAGGUCACAUAUUGUAACCUCAACUAUGAAUUCAAGUUUGGGAAGGUCACCCGAUCCUUCUAAUCCCAGGGAAUCUUCAUACAGCCAUCAAGGCCUUACCACCGGAGAGAGUCCAAUGUCAUGUUCAGAGUGCGGGAAAUCCUUCACUCAUAAGGGAAAAUUUGUUAAACAUCAGAAAGUUCACAGGGGGGAGUAUGCUUUUUCAUGUUCAGAGUGCGGGAAAUCUUUCACUCAUAAAGGAGACCUUGCUAAACAUCAGAGAGUUCACACGGGUGAGCGUCCUUAUUCAUGUUCAGAGUGCGGGAAAUUUUUCAGUCGUAAAGAUAGCCUAAAUGGACACCAGAAAACUCACACAGGUGAGCGUCCCUAUUUAUGUACAGAGUGCGGGAAAUCUUUCAUUCAUAAAGGAGCCCUUGCUAAACAUCAGAGAACUCACACAGAUAAGCGUCCUUAUUUAUGUUCAGAGUGCGGGAAAUCUUUCACUCGUGAAGAAAGCCUAGAUGUACACCAGAGAAGUCACACGGGUGAGCGUCCUUAUUUAUGUUCAGAGUGCGGGAAAUCUUUCAUUCAUAAAGUAGACCUUUCUAAACAUCAGAGAGUUCACACAGGUCAGUGUCCUUUUUCAUGUUCAGAGUGCGGGAAAUCUUUCACUCAUAAAGGAGACUUUGCUAAACAUCAGAGAGUUCACACGGGUGAGCGUCCUUAUUCAUGCUCAGAGUGCGGGAAAUCGUUCGCUCGUAAAAAAAGUCUUGAUGUACACCAGAAAACUCACACGGGUGGGGGCCUUUAUUCGUGUUCAGAGUGCGGGAAAUCUUUCACUCGUAAAGAAAGUCUAGAUGUACACCAGAAAACUCACAUGGCUAAGCGUCUUUAUUUAUGUUCAGAGUGCGGGAAAUCUUUCACUCAUAAAGGAGACUUUGCUAAACAUCAGAGAGUUCACACAGGUGAGCGUCCUUAUUUAUGUUCAGUGUGCGGGAAAUCUUUCAGUCAUAAAGAAAGCCUAAAUGUACACCAAAAAACUCACACUGGCGAGCGUCCUUAUUUAUGUUCACAGUGCGGGAAAUCUUUCAGUCAUAAAGGAGGCCUUGCUAAACAUCAGAAAACUCACACAGGUGAGCGUUCUUACUCGUGUUCAGAGUGCGGGAAAACUUUCACUCAGAAAGGAAGCCUUGUUACACACCAGAAAAAAAUUCACACGGAUGUGCAUCCUUAUUCAUGUUUAGAAUGUGAGAAACGUUUCAUUCACAAAGGAGAACUUCUUAUACAUCAGAAAAGCCACACAGGUGAGCGCCCCUAUUCAUGUUCAGAGUGCGGGAAAAGUUUCAGCGAGAAAGCAAAACUUGAAAGACACCAGAAAACUCACACUGAUGAGAAACCUUUUUCAUGUCCAGAAUGUGGGAAAGGUUUUCUUCGGAAAGCUGACCUCCUUAUACACCAGAGAUAUCACACAGGGGAGCGUCCCUAUUUAUGUUCAGAGUGCGGGAAAUGUUUCACAGAGAAAAAAGUUCUUCUUAUUCACCAGAGAAUUCACACAGGGGUGCACCCUUAUUCAUGUUCAGAGUGUGGGAAACGUUUCAUUUGGAGAGCAGGAUUUUAUCAACAUUUGAAAAUUCACACAGGUGAGCGCCCCUAUUCAUGCCCAGAGUGCGGGAAACGUUUCAGUGUCAAAGGAAAGCUUCGUAGACACCAAAGAAUUCACACAGGAGAAAAGCCUUAUUCAUGUUUAGAGUGCGGAGAAUGUUUUGUUCGGAUAGAACUGCUUCAUAAACAUCAGAGUAUUCACACAGGUGAGAGUCCCUAUUCAUGUUCAGAGUGCGUAAAAUCUUUCACUUGUAAAGAACGUCUAGAUGUGCACCAGAAAACUCACAUGGGCGAGCGUCCUUAUUCAUGUUCAGAGUGCGGGAAAUCUUUCACUCAUAAAGGAGACUUUGCCAAACAUCAGAGAAUUCACACGGGGGAGCGUCCUUAUUCAUGUUCAGAGUGCGGGAAAUCUUUCAGUCGUAAAGAUAGCCUAAAUGGACACCAGAAAACUCACAUGGGCGAGCGUCCCUAUUCAUGUUCAGAUUGCGGGAAAUCUUUCAUUCGUAAAAAUGUCCUUGCUGAACAUCAGAGAGUUCACACAGGUGAGCGUCCUUAUUUAUGUUCAGAGUGCGGGAAAUCUUUCACUCGUAAAGAAAGCCUAGAUGUACACCAGAAAACACACACGGGUGAGCGUCCUUAUUCAUGUUCAGAGUGCGGGAAAUCUUUCACUCGUAAAGAACGUCUAGAUGUACACCAGAAAACUCACACGGGUGAGCGUCCUUAUUCAUGUUUAGAGUGCGGGAAAUCUUUCACUCGUAAAGAUAGUCUAGAUGUACACCAGAAAACUCACACGGGUGAACGUCCUUAUUCAUGUUCAGAGUGUGGGAAAUCCUUCACCGAGGAUGAAAAACUUAUUCGACACCAGAAAAUUCACACAAAAAACAGACCUUACAAGGGGACCACCAGAGGGCUCACUAAGACCCAUGUCCUUUUCUAUGCUUCAGACGUUGGGAAGCAAUUCACUUUGAAAGAAAUUAGGUGGAAGAAGGGUGAUGAACCGAACAAUGUCAAAGUUGAGGUAAAAGUUGAAAAAGAACAGACGUUGGUCAUGGAAGAUCAGCCGUCUGUGGAGGACGGUGGCCAUCUGUGUUUCCGGGAUUCCAUAAAGAAAGAUGACAAUCGUUUACACCAUGAUGAGAAGUCUACACAGGAAGAUCUCCAAUAUAUAGAGAAUGGGAGAUCAGGAGAUCAGCAGUCUAUGGAGGAGGGGGAGAUGAUUAUGAAAAGUAAACAGGAGGAAUCUUCUCUACAUAUAGACACAAGUGGACACUAUGUCUGGAAUAUCUCUGAGGGACAUCCUAUUGUAUCUCCAGAUUAUAACGGAAUCACACAAAGUUCUUCAGGAAAAACUUCUAUUACUCUAAAUAUACAUCAAAGACCUUCCCAAACAGAGGGAUCGAUGGAUCCCUCCGAUCCUAAAGAAUCAUCUAACCAAUCAGAUCUUGUUCCUCCAGAUAUCUCUAAAACCUCUCGAAGGGCUAAUAGAUCUAAAGGACCAUCUAAAGCCAUAGAAAGUUCUUUAAGCCGUAAAAGAACCCACACAGGAGACCGUUCAUUGUCGUGUUCAGUGUGCGGGAAAUCAUUUGCCGAAACCAGCACACUUUACAGGCACCAGAGAAUUCACACAGGUGAGCGUCCUCAUUCAUGUUCGGAGUGCGGGAAAAGAUUCUUUGAGAAAGGAAAACUUCUUACGCACCAAAGAAUUCACACGGGCGAACGUCCUUAUUUAUGUUCAGAGUGCGGGAAAUGUUUCACUGAGAAACAGUUGCUUCAAAAACACCAAAGAAUUCACACAGGUGAGCGUCCGUAUUCAUGUUCAGAGUGCGGGAAAAGUUUCAUUCAGAAAGGAAACUUUCUUAAGCACCAGCGGAGUCACACAGGUGAGCGUCCCUAUUCAUGUUCGGAAUGUGGGAAAAGAUUCAUUGUGAAAUAUGGACUUGUUAGACACCAGAGGAUUCACACAGGUGAGCGCCCUUAUAUAUGCUUAGUGUGCGGGAAAUGUUUGACAGAGAAAACAACAUUCCUUUUGCACCAGAGAAUUCACACGGGUGAGCUUCCAUAUUCAUGUUCAGAGUGUGGAAAAUGUUUUGCUGUAAAGAAAUCACUUCUUACACACCAGAGAAUUCAUACGGGCGUGCGUCCUUAUUCCUGUUUAGUGUGCGGGAAAUGUUUCAAUGUGAAAGACGGGCUUGUUAGGCAUCAGAGGAUUCACACGGGCGAGCGUCCCUAUCCGUGUUCAGAGUGCGGGAAGUGUUUAGUUGAGAAGGGAAGCCUUCUUAGACACCAGGGAUGUCACACGGGUGAGCGCCCUUAUUCGUGUUCAGAGUGCGGGAAAUGUUUCGGCGAAAAAGCAAGCCUUCUUAAACACCAGAGAAUUCACACGGGGGAGCGUCCUUUUUCAUGUUCAGAGUGCGGGAAAGGUUUCAUUCAGAGAGGAGACCUUCUUAAACACCAGCGAAUUCACACGGGUUAGCCCGCUUUUCAGCCUGUAGGAAGCAUUUAAUCUAUAAAAUAGUUUUGCUAAAGAGAGUCAAAAACAGCCUCAGCCCAGACUCCAUUCAGGCCAUGCCUCCAACGUGUUUCGCCCCACCCUUGAGGCUUAGUCAUGGAGGUCUUACCACAGAUACUGCUGGAGUUAACCCUGAAAGCCUCAGAUUUUUCCAGGGGAGGGUGGCUGAUAGGCUUAAUGGUAUACUAUGCCACUAUAAACCCCCAACAAAAGUUUGGGUUGCCGCUGCAGGUUCGUAUUGGUCCAGGCCCAGUAACUUACGGUGAGAGUGCAGGCUGGGGAAGAGCUUGUCUCGGCUCACUAAAUGCAAGCAUGAGGAAAGGAAAUGGCCCAGGUGCCGCACAUCCAACAAAACCCAGUGAUAUCUGUAGUGAAAAGCAGCCUCAGCCCACUCUCCAUCCAGACCAUGCCUCCAACAUGUUUCGCCCCACCCAGGAGGCUUAGUCAUGGAGGUCUUGAGCAGCUGAGGCUGCUUUCACUACAGAUACCACUGGGUUUAACCCUCAACCCUCAGAUUUUCCAGGGGAGAGGGGCAGAUAGGCCCAAUGGUAUACUUUGCCACUAUUAACUCACACCAAAAAUUCAGGGUGCCAGUCCAGGUCCGGUAACUCACGCUGAGAGUGCAGGCUGGGGAAGAGCUUGUCUCGGCUCACUCAAUGCAAGCACAAGGAAAGGAAAUGUCCCAGGUGCCGCAAAUCCAACAAAACCCAGUGAUAUCUGUAGUGAAAAGCAGCCUCAGCCCAGUCUCCAUCCAGGCCAUUCCUCCAACAUGUUUCGCCCCACCCAUGAGGCUUAGUCAUGGAGGUAUUGAGCAGCUGAGGCUGCUUUCAUUACAGAUACCACUGGGUUUAACCCUGAACCCCGCAAGCCUCAGAUUUUCCAGGGGAGGGGGGCAGAUAGGCCUAUACUUAAAGUAUACUAAGUAUACUUUGUCACUAUUAAACCACACCAAAAAUUCAGGGUGCUGGUCCAGGUCCGGUAAGCCACACUGAGAGUGCAGGCUGGGGAAGAGCUCAUCUCAGCUCACUAAAUGCAAGCAUAAGGAAAAGAAAAUGUCCCAGGUGCCGCACAUCCAACAAAACCCCAAUGAUAUCUGUAGUGAAAAGCAGCCUCAGCCCAGACUCCAUCCAGGUCAUGCCUCCAACGUGUUUCGCUUCAGUCACGAGGCUUAGUCAUGGAGCUCAUGAGCAGCUGAGACUGCUCUUACUACAGAUACAGCUGGGUUUAACACUUAACCGUCGGCUAAUGAACCCAUUUCACCAAUGGACUGUUCUAGAGGUUGCCGUAGGCUAAUGAACCCAUUUCACCAAUGGACUGUUCUAGAGGUUGCCGUAGGCUAAUUAACCCAUCUCACCAAUGGACUGUUCUAGAGGUUGCCGUAAGCUAAUGAACCCAUUUCACCAAUGGACUGUUCUAGAGGUUGCCGUAGGCUAAUGAACCCAUUUCACCAAUGGACUGUUCUAGAGGUUGCCGUAGGCUAAUGAACCCAUUUCACCAAUGGACUGUUCUAGAGGUUGCCGUAGGCUAAUGAACCCAUUUCACCAAUGGACUGUUCUAGAGGUUGCCGUAGGCUAAUGAACCCAUUUCACCAAUGGACCUUUCUGUAGGGUGCUGAACCCAUCUCACCAAUGGACUUUUCUGUAAGCUGCUGAACCCAUCUCACCAAUGGACCUUUUUAUAGUUUGAUAUGUACAACUCUAACCAUUUCACCGGAGACGCCUGCAGAAAACUCUGGCCAUCACAUAUAUAGACCGUAUCACAAAAGAGGAAAUCUCGAAACGCUGUGGUAUACAGAGGCUAAAAGAUCGGAGGCUACCCGACCCCUGCCUAACCAAAAUUGCAAUGUGCUGGAUGCCACCACACAAGGAAGACCACCAACAACUUGGUGGUCCACAUUUAAAACCAUCCUGAAAGCCAUUGAGGUUCAAUGGGACGAGGCUGAGCUGGUCACACCUGACAAAAUUCGAUGGAAAGCACUUACUGCCCAAUGCGCCAAAUUGCGUAAGAGGAACUAAGUCUAAUGCCGCGUACACGCGAUCAUUUUUCGGCAUGAAAAAAAAUCGUUUUUAAAAAAAAUGUAA